AUGAGUACUCCUGCAAACUAUACCCGCGUUCCUUUAUGUGAACCGGAGGAACUUCCAGCAGAUAUACAACGAGAAAAUGAAUAUGGUACGCUUGAUUCUCCAGAGUACUUGCAUCAAGUCAAAUCACGUGGUGGUGAACCAUUACCAAAACCAGUUAUUGACACACCACCAUAUUACAUUUCUUUGUUAACAUAUCUAAACUAUUUGAUUCUGAUCAUAUUGGGUCAUGUUCAUGAUUUCUUGGGUAUGACUUUUCAAAAAAGUAAGCAUUUAGAUCUUUUAGAACGUGACGGGCUAGCACCUUGGUAUUCAAACUUCGAGAGUUUUUAUGUCAGAAGAAUUAAAUUGAGAAUUGAUGAUUGUUUUUCUAGACCAACUACUGGUGUUCCAGGUAGGUUUAUUCGUUGUAUCGAUAGGAUAUCUCACAAUAUAAAUGAGUAUUUCACCUACUCAGGAGCAGUGUACCCAUGCAUGAACUUGUCGUCAUAUAAUUAUUUAGGCUUUGCGCAAAGUAAGGGUCAAUGUACCGAUGCUGCUUUAGAAUCUGUCGACAAAUAUUCUAUUCAAUCCGGUGGUCCGGUAACUCAGAUUGGUACAACAGAUUUGCACGUUAAGGCUGAAAAAUUAGUAGCCAGGUUCAUUGGCAAAGAUGAUGCUGUGAUCUUUUCAAUGGGUUACGGUACAAAUGCAAAUUUAUUCAACGCAUUUUUGGACAAGAAAUGUUUAGUAAUCUCCGAUGAACUAAAUCACACCUCCAUUAGAACUGGUGUUAGGUUAUCAGGUGCUGCUGUGAGAACUUUCAAACAUGGUGAUAUGGUGGGAUUAGAAAAACUUAUUAGAGAACAAAUAGUACUUGGUCAACCGAAAACAAAUCGUCCAUGGAAGAAAAUCUUAAUAUGUGUUGAAGGGUUAUUUUCCAUGGAAGGUACGUUGUGUAAUUUGCCAAAACUAGUUGAAUUGAAAAAGAAAUAUAAAUGUUAUCUGUUUAUUGAUGAAGCUCAUUCGAUUGGUGCCAUGGGUCCAACUGGGCGUGGUGUCUGUGAGAUUUUUGAUAUUGACCCCAAAGAUGUUGAUAUUCUAAUGGGUACCUUUACUAAGUCAUUUGGUGCUGCUGGUGGUUACAUAGCUGCUGACCAAGCUAUUAUUGAUGGACUGAGAUUGAAUUCAACCACUGUAAGCUAUAGUGAGUCAAUGCCAGCUCCUGUUCUGGCUCAAACUAUUUCUUCAUUGCAAACAAUCAGUGGUGAAAUGUGUCCAGGACAGGGGACUGAAAGAUUACAACGUAUUGCUUUCAACUCCCGUUAUCUACGUUUGGCCUUGCAAAGGCUGGGAUUCAUUGUCUAUGGUGUGGCUGACUCCCCAGUUAUCCCACUUUUAUUGUAUUGUCCUUCAAAGAUGCCUGCCUUUUCCAGAAUGAUGCUACAAAGAAGGAUUGCAGUCGUUGUUGUUGCAUACCCCGCCACUCCAUUGAUUGAGUCAAGAGUUAGAUUUUGUAUGUCGGCAUCUUUGACUAAAGAAGAUAUCGAUUAUUUGUUGCGUCAUGUUAAUGAGGUCGGUGACAAAUUAAAUCUGAAGUCAAAUUCAGGUAAGUCCAGUUAUGACGGUAAACGUCAAAGAUGGGACAUUGAAGAAGUCAUCAAAAGGACGCCUCACGAUUGUAAGGAGGACAAAUAUUUUGUCAACUAA